AUGGAAGCAUACAUGACACAAAUUAAGUGUCCCACCUAUUAUCCAGAGCUUGUGAAAAAUGCUAGCUGUCAUUUAAAUCGAACAUCCAAAGAUUCUGGAUCAUCAUCAUACUUUGCAGAGUUUGCCUUGUCAGAAGAUGUUAGUGACGUCAAAGGCAUUUACGUAUUUUCCCUAAAACGAGGCGCACACAUAACCAACUACACUGCAAUGGAAUUGGACUACUGCCAGGUCUUAGAUUCUCUACAAACACAGUUUUUACUAAAGAUGAUUGCCGAUGAGCUGCGAAGAGUUUCAAAUUUUCCCCUCCAAUGUCCGUUUAAAAAGAAUAACAGGUAUCACAUUGAUGGUUUUACGAUCAACUCAAAGUUAAUACCCAGCUAUGCGCCAGAAUUGAACUUUAUAUCCGACUGCAAUAUAUUUGUUAAAAAACGCAAAGCCAUUCAAUUAACUAUCCACGGUCGUGUAGUUCGUAGCCGAUCGGGUCGUUAACGAAAUGUUUAUUUUCAAAACAAAGUCCACCGAUACUAAUGGCA